GAGCUCCACGCUGAGAGUAGGCGGUGCGGUUUCACACCCUGAGUGGCGAAGGGGGGCGGAGUCUCGGUGGGAGGGACGGUGCGCCUUGAUUGACAGUCAUUCAGCGGCAACUCGAAUUCUGCGGUAGCCAAUCAGAUCCGGUGUUUGCUGCGGUCUGCCCAAUGGGAGCCGCACGGGGCGGAGCUUCGGGUCACCACCACUUCCAACGUGGGACGACUGGAUGAUCCGAAAAGAAGGAGAAAGUAAAGACAGAUGGGGAGAAAAAAAGAGCGAUCCGCCGCCGCGAUCAGAUCAGGAGUGAGAGGAGGACUGUUAAACUAUCGGAUCCGGAUCUGUCUCACCGUCUGAUAAGGAGAUUUAGAGCUUGGUUGGUUGGUUGGAGCGCGGAGAAAGUUUGGACUGUAUCGGAGCGACAGCGAAGCGAAACCGGGGCUAGUUCACCAGAAACCCAGCGAGCCGCUGCAGCGGAUCCACAGCGCCCGCGAAGUUCACACCGAGACCCGCCGGCCAGCAGCGCUUUCUUCGGGCUAGGGAAAGUUAGCUUGGACCUUCUUCACCCAGAGACCCCGUGUAUUAUUGGAGAUAUCGUUAUCUGGAGCGUGACCAGGAUUUCUUUCACACUGUAGCUACCGAGAAGUGUGUUUUUGUGGAUUCGUAUUAGCUAAAUACGAAAUACAGUUUGUAGCUAACUUAAAUCAGUUUUAAAGUGGAAAUUCCGCUUACUAGCCAAUUUUAACCGUUUACACUCUUUUCUAAUUCACGAAUCAAGACCUUAAACUUAAGCGUGUCUUGCUUAUCUGGAAAGCAAAAGUGUUUUAAAGCUCUUAUUUUGUGGAUUCCUAUUAUCCUUUCAGUCGAAUCAGUUUUAAAAAGUGGACAAUUUAGCUAACCUACCUAGAAAACCGAUUUUAACCGUUUACACUGUCUAUACCAUUUGAAUUCGAAUAAUUAAACUCGACUAGUGCCCAUAAACAACAACUUACAAUUUAGAUAGCUAAUCUAGGUGAAUUAGAUUUUUUUUUAAAGCUUUUUAGAUAGUUAGUUAGGUUAGCUAAAACUCUUUACCCUUUUAACAGUGUGUUUUGCGGAUUGUUUUUUAAAGAACCGUUUUACAUUGUAUAUUGAUUCGGAUACCCCCAGAAGACCCCUUCAAGACUUUAAACUUGACAAAAAAGUGUCUUGCAUAUCUGGACAGCAAAAGUGUUUUAAAGCUCUUUACAGUUCACCAAAAAGAGUUUUUUUGUGGAUUUGUACUAAUUUAGCCAGUUAGCUAACGCUAGGUUAAAUUAACCCAACGCUGCGUUAGUUAUUAGCGAAAGCGAAUUUUACACUGACACCGAAUUGAAUGCGAUUUUAACGGUUUACACGUUUAAAAUUUCAGACAGACACUGCACUUCUAGCCGUAAACCAACGUUUUUUCUUCAACUGAAGCUAAAACUGUCAUUAAUUCUCACUUCUUUACCCUUUUUAAUUCGGUGUUAUUAACGUUAAUCUUGACCAGCGUUGUAAGUUACUGUUUAAAUGUAACUUACAGCUCACGUUAACACACUGAACUUAACGUUACGUUACUCCAAACUUCAGUUGAACUCGGACUUGUUGUUGAGUUGUAACGUUAAAACCAGCACUUUCCAGCUAAGCUAUAUGACUCCAGAGGAUUUAGUCAUGCUUUUUGGAAACCACACGACCUAAUGAGAGCUAAUAAUAGCUCAAACUGACUGUUAAAGCGAAGGAAACGAGGCUAAACUCUGUUGAAAAUCUGUGAUUUGCACAGUGGGAACCAGCCGCUGCUUACAAAAUGGCGGCGUCUCUGGGUCAAACCGGACCGCUGUUCCGCUGUGUUCUGGGCUUGUUUCUGUGCCUGGAGCUUUUAAUCAGCGGCGGAUUGAGUUCAGAAGAGACUUGUGCGUCUAACUGCACUUGUGCUGGAUCUAAGACGGACUGCAGCGGCCUCAAACUGACCCACAUCCCCGCGGACCUGCCGGAGCACACCGAGACUCUAAACCUGAGCCACAACAAGCUGACAGCAGUUGAUACGGACAUCCUCUCCAAUCUGCCCAACCUCCGAGAAGUGAGGCUGGACCACAAUGAGCUGACAUCAAUCCCCCUGUUUGGCAACGCCUCAGCAGCCAUUGUCACGCUCUAUCUGAACUAUAAUAAGAUCAGCAGUGUGCAGGGUGGCCGGCUAGAGAGUCUCAAAAACCUGAAGGUUCUGGACUUGAGCAACAAUGAGAUCAUCGACCUGCGAGAACACUGCUUUCCACCAGGCCUCCGCAUCAGAGAGCUGAUCCUCAGCAGUAAUAAGAUUGUGCACCUGGAGUCUGGAGCCUUCAGGAACCUGGCCAGCAGCCUGCAGAUCCUCCGGCUGAGCCGAAACCGCCUCACCCAGCUGCCUGUCAAAGGCCUGGAGCUGCCUAAACUCACCCAGCUAGAACUGAGCAGGAACCGGCUGCGCUUGAUUGAGGGUCUGACCUUCCAGGGUCUGUCCAGCCUGGAGGUGCUGAAGCUCCAGAGGAACAACAUCAGCAAGCUGACGGAUGGAGCGUUCUGGGGUCUGGCUCGGAUGAGGACCCUUCAUUUGGACUAUAACAGUCUGAAGGAGGUGAACAGUGGCUCUCUGUAUGGCCUGGAGUCUCUCCUGUACCUCCAUCUGUCCAACAACUCCAUAUCCAGCUUUAACCCUGAGGGGUGGGGUUUCUGCGAGAGGCUGCGAGAGCUGCACCUGGUCCAUAACAACCUAUCAAAGCUGACUGAGGGCAGUUUCGCCAAGUUAGUGAACCUGCAGACUCUGCGUUUGAGCCACAACACAAUCAGCCACAUCGCUGAAGGAGCUUUCAGAGGUCUGAGCUCCCUGCGGCUGCUGGAGCUGGACCACAAUGACAUUUCUGGAACAAUUGAGGACACCAAUGGAGCCUUUGCAGGGCUGGACAGCCUUAGGAAGCUAACGCUGUUUGGAAACAGGAUCAAGUCGGUGGCCAAGAGAGCCUUCUUGGGCCUGGAAGGCCUGGAGCACCUGAACCUGGGAGAAAACUCCAUUCGCUCUAUUCUACCAGAGGCCUUCAGCAAGAUGAAGAACCUGCGCAGCCUUGAAAUCCUGAGCGAUAGCUUCCUGUGUGAUUGUCAGCUCCACUGGUUUCCGGAGUGGGUGGUGAACCGUGGCCUGCAGGCGGAAGUUCAGGCCACAUGCGCUCACCCUGAGAGCCUGAAGGGCACCAGCAUCUUCCAGGUUCCAGCGCAGAGCUUUGUGUGUGACGACCUGCCCAAGCCCCAGAUCACGGUGCACCCGGUGCAGACGGCGGGCGUGGUGGGGAAGGACGUCCGGCUGACCUGCACAGCGGCCAGCAGCAGCAGCUCCCCCAUGACCUUCACCUGGAGGAAGGACCAGGAGCCCCUGCGGCAGGCGGAGGUGGAGAACUUCGCCCACGUGCGCUCCAGUGGCGGAGGAGUGAUGGAGUACACUACUGUCCUCCACCUCCGGGACAUCACCUUCGACCACGAGGGACGUUACCAGUGCGUCAUCUCCAACCACUUCGGCUCCACCUACUCCAACAAGGCCCGUCUCAGUGUGAGCGUCCUGCCGUCCUUCGUGAAGACACCCCGGGACAUCACCAUCCGGGCUGGCACCAAGGCUCGCCUGGAGUGCGCGGCUACGGGUCACCCUACCCCUCAGGUGGCGUGGCAGAAGGACGGUGGAACGGACUUCCCAGCUGCCCGUGAGCGGCGCAUGCAGGUGAUGCCCGAUGAUGAUGUCUUCUUCAUCAUGGACGUGAAGCCCGAGGACAUGGGCGUGUACAGCUGCACGGCCAAGAACACAGCCGGGAUGAUUUCAGCCAACGUCACGCUAACCGUACUGGAGACGCCACACCUGGCGCAGGGCAUGGAGAACCGCAGCGUGGUUGUGGGAGAGACGGUGGCGCUGCAGUGUAAAGCUCUGGGGAAUCCUCCACCCCGCAUCACUUGGCUCCGAGGGGAGAAACCCUUGCGCCCGAGUGAUCGCCACCACUUCACCCCCGGCAACCAGCUGCUGGUGAUCGGCAGCGCCGCCCUGGAGGACGCCGGGCGCUACACCUGCGUCAUGUCGAACCCUCUGGGCACAGAGCGUGCGCACUGCAGUCUCAGCGUGUACCAGAGACCCAGCGGCCCCUGCACCCUGCAGUCCGGCCCGAGCACCGUCACGGUGGGCAUCAUUGUGAUCGCUGUGGUCACCAGCAUCGUCGUGACGUCGCUGGUGUGGGUGUGCAUCAUCUACCAGACGAGGAGGAAGAGCGAGGAGUGCAGCGUUAACACUGACGAGACGAUUGUCCCUCCUGACGUGCCAAGCUACCUGUCCUCGCAGGGGACACUCUCAGAGAGGCAGGACAUAUGUAUACGAGUGGAGUCCAGCGGGGGCUCCCAGCCCUCUGGAUACAGAGACAGUAAUGGAGGCUUCGACGUUCCGGUGCUCUGCACAGACUGCAUGGAAAACAGCUCUACCUACUCCAAGCCAUCAGACUACCUCCCCCACGGAAUAGCGCCCCCUUCAGGUUCAGAGUACCAGCAGUCUCCGCCUCCCUCAACCUUCACCAGCCACAGGACAGGAGACACACACUGCAAUGGCACACCCAACGGGGUCCGGAGAGACCCCCAGCCCAUCUUCCCCAGCAACCACGACAGGUCAUUACAGAAGAAACAGAGCGACAGAAGAGGAUCUUCAGUAAAGAAGGCGGGCACAGCGAGCUCUCCAUCAGCGGACGAAAGCUACCAUCAUCCGACGAAGCCAGCGCCCCUCCCCCCCACCCACACAGACACUGAAUGCGGGUCUGAGCUCACAAAGACUCUGUUACCCAACGGACAUGCGCACACAGCCAGACCCGCCCAGAGCGAGAGCGCCCCCCUGAGGCGGGCCAGCGACUAGCGCCUCGCCACCGCGGCUAAGACUUUGAGACGGCGGCGUUGGUGUUAUUACUGUUGUUGUCGUCGUCGUCAUUAUUAUUUUUAUAUCCUCUUUGCACUGCGAACCGCUACCUCAACCAGAGGGGGAAUCGGAACGUCCUGGAGUCUGAAGGCGAAGCUUGAGCGGGGGCGUCGGCGCCCCAGUGCGAGCGUUACAGCUGUACAUAGUUUUAAAUCCUCCUCAGGGAGGCUUGGUUCAACGCUGAGAACUGUGACUUGCAUUUUGAAGCAUGCUAAUAAUGUAGGGAAUACUGUACGAUACUACAGAGUGCUAUAAUAACAGUGAACAGACUUUUGAAUUGUACAUAAGAGUUUUCAUAUAUAUAUAAAUAUAAAUAUAUAUAUAUAUAUAUAUAAAUACAUAUAUAUUAUUAUAUAACUUUUACAAAAGAGUAUUUGAAUCUAUUCUGUGCAUGGUCCGAACAGAGUGAUGCUACUUUUUCUCUCUUUUUACGAACCUCACGAGCGAUUUCUCCCGGUCUUCAGCCCUGGUGCCUUAUACAGCAUGAACAAACAAACAAAAAAUAAUCUGUGAGGUGACUGUAAUGAUUUUUUUCUUUUUUUUCUUUUCAUGAAAUAGAAUGGAAUUUUUACUGCACUUGAAGUUCAGAUAAGCCCUUUAACUUUCUAAGAACAUCAAUGGCCUUAUGACAUGUUUCAUAUUACCUGGUCUUUUUUUUAUUUAUUUUUUUUUAUAUAAAUGCAUUAGGAAAGUGUGGCAUUGAGCUGCUCAAGCCCGGUCUGGUACAACAAGGGAAAAGACUUUUAUUUAGUUUGUGAGCAAAAAUGGUGAAGAUAUAUUUCAGCACUUUGGUGAGUGUGACUAUAAGAUAGCAUAUUUAAUGAUCUUCUCGGUCAGAUUUACAGGAAUAUCUGACGCUACAUUCUUCACACUACGGUCACAAGAACACACACUAUAAAAUUUUGCUGUUAAUCACUAGCAUACAUACUUGUGCUGAGCAUGGACGACGCUACAUGGUUAAGGUGAGAUGAGGAGGCUACAUGAAAAACGUAAUUCAUGCUUUUGUGUCAAAUCAACACUGCAAAGUUUGGGAGCGUUUACACUUGUGCAUUGGUUUAUCUGCAAAGCAGGAAUGUGAUGCUCAGCAGACCAAUCACAGUUGCUGCAGUCAGGCUCUCAGGCUAUGAAGUAGAUUCGACACGGAAACAAACUGGCCUUAAUUGUGAUUCAAUUUAUUGAAAUAAAAGAACAUGAAGGUAAAAUUUGCUGAAAUGUAAUGUACAGUACUGUGGAAAUGUCUCUAAUUUGCUCAGAAAACAAAAAAACUAGUAUUAGAUUUAAAUAAAUACAAAUUAAAACUGUCCACAUAGAAUUUAAAGAAUCGGACGUCCCAAUUUAACAUCUAUUUCCUCAAAAUCAGCCCUUCAUACUUUAAAGUAAAGCAAAUAAGCUGUAGAGAGAAAUCAACAUGCCUGUUAAAAGAAAAAAGGGGACUAAGGCUACGUUCACAAUACCAGGCUGAAGUGAAUCAAAUCAGUUUUUUGCUCAAUGUGGCUCAGAUCAGAUUUUUUCAUGGCUGUGUGAACGUGCCAAUUUUCAUAUUUGAUCCUAAAUCUGAUGCAUGCAUCUUUUGGUGCAGCAAAAGUUCAGCAAAAGGUCUUUCCUUCUCUUGUAAAUUUGGAAUUUUGAAAAGUUCAAUUGAUCUGGCGAGUGAUAAGGCGGUUAGAAUCCGGAGUCAUGCUGCUUGGCAUCAGCAGCCAGAGUCAGAGACAGAGAGAGAAUUUGAUGGCUCUUUCUCAGGGUGGUAGAUAAAUAAUUUAAAAUAAAAUAAAUUGCUAUUUUGAAGAUGUGAGGUGAUAUUAGAUACAUUAGAGUGACAUUAACAAUAUCAGUGACAAUAUUAGUAUAUGUACAAGAGUAUAUGUCCACUUGUUAUUUUGAUUCGGGGCAUCCUAUUCAUAAUCAUUACAUUGAAGCGAAACAUUUAGUCAAUUUUAAAGAUCUGCCACUAUAACAAAUCUGCCACUAUGCUGAGUUUCUAACAAAUCAAGAAAAAAUCUUUACACAAUAAACAAAGCUCUUUAACUUUUAAGAGAAAAAUGCAUGAAAAAGCUGGUAAUAGCAGUAUUUUUAUACCAAAUUUUAUUUAGAAUAUUAUUUUAUAUGACUGAUGAUUAAAAACACCACUACACAGUACUGUACAUUCAUUUAACAGGAUUAAUUUUUAAGAUUUUCCAAGAUAUUCUGGAUUAUUUUUUAAAUUCAUUAAAUGUUCACAGGGUGUCUUUUAUUUCCAUUUUUCAGUGUCAUGAUUUACCAUAAUUCCCAUACAGAAAAGAAAUAUAUAUGCAAAAUGUAUUGACCAAUUUAUUUAUUUACACAUUUGCAAAAUGUGUCAAAAUGGGCAAAUCUUUUUUUGUUUGUUUAUUGUUUAUUAUUAUUAUUAUUAUUAUUAUUAUUAUUAUUAUUAUAUUACAACUGUUUUAAGAAAUACAAUUUGAUUAAAUUAAUCUGAAUGUAUCUAAAAAUUAAAGAAAUACAUGGCCUUAUAUUUCUUUUCUGUGUGGGAUUAAUAUAUAUAUAUAUAAAAAUGUUUUUACGACUAACUGACUUUCAUGUUCAGCACUUCCUUCCCUCUGCUAAAGGUACAAAAACAAAACACAAGAUGCUGCUGCUUCUGUCACAAUUAUGGUUUUUAACCUGUGGUACAUUUUUAACUGUAUUUUUGUUGUUUCUUUUUAUAUAUAUAUAUAUAGACUGCAUUUUGUAACAUCCAUGUGGGGAGGACAGUGAAUGUGGGUGGAAUAAAAACUAACAGAGUGUUAGUUUAGUGAAUAAUGCUGCCAAAACGACAAAAGGGAAUGAUAAAGCUUCGCUUGGUGAUGGUUUCCUCACAGGGAACGGCCAGUAUCUUCUGCAAACACCAUUAGCUUAUGCUAACUCCACUCGGCGCCAUCGUCAGGUAGGCUCUCUGAACCAAAUAACUGAUAAAAGGUAAACAGCUCUUCAGUCUGUGAAGCUUUUUAAUGCUUAAUGUACCAGUGAAAUAUUACAGCUACCAAACGACUGAGGGGGUAUUUCAUUCACACAGGAUUAGCGGAGUUAGCCGGCCAGCGUGAAUCAGCAUUUCAGAGCUUUGGAGUUUUUUCAGAGUUAGCUAGUUAGCUAGCUUAGUUUGCUAAAUCUAAACUCCGUAUCCCUCAGUUUACACAGAUAAGUUUUUUAAACGAUAUCCAGAAAGUUAGCUCGUUCAUUUAGCACUGAUUUACAGCUAACUAAAGGUUUCUAAAGGACUAAAGGAGUUCUAGAGCUAGCCGGUUAGCUUAACCCUGAGGAAAGUGCUAAUGCUAGCUAGCUAGCUACUAAGAAGGUUGUGCUGUUUUUUUAUUUUAUUUUUUUGGUUUUGCUGGCUAAUCUUCUGUAACACGACUUCAUAAAAAAAAAAAAACUCAGAUACUACACGGCUCACCCUCACACAUUAAUUUAUUCAGAUGAAUGAACUGAAACCACUGUACAUUUACAAUGCUAAAGAAGUUGAACUGUUUUAACAUGGCAAGUGUCUAUUAAAAGUCACGUUUUUGCUCUUUGA